AUGUCGUCCACAGAUCAGAAGUACAAUGGCUCAAUUGGCAACUUUUCGGAUUCAAGUGCCCAUGAGCAGCCACAAAGCCUCAACGAAGACCAAUUGGAAUAUGACAAACAAGCUGAAAACAAGCUGAUUCGGAGAAUCGAUUGGCGACUUCUUCCAAUUCUGGGCGCUCUGUACUCAAUUGCUCUUGUUGAUCGUGUCAAUGUGUCCAACGCUCGGGUUGCGGGCAUGGGAGAGGACCUUGACUUGGAGAUUGGGAACCGAUACACCGUCGUUUUAGUGGUGUUCUUUCCUCCAUACUUCUUGUUCGAGCUACCAUCGAAUAUUAUCCUUCGCCGAGUAGGAAGCGCCAAUUGGCUCUCAUUCAUUGCCUUUGCUUGGGGAUGUACCAUGAUUGGUCAAGGGUUCGUAAAGUCGUACCAGGCUCUCGCCGUCUGCCGUACGUUGCUUGGUCUUUUCGAGGCAGGCUUCUUUCCCGGAUGUGUGUACUUGAUCAGUUGCUGGUACGUGCGGUACGAGGUCCAGAAGCGGCUUGCCUUCUUCUAUAUUCUGUCGGUUCUCGUCGGCGGUUUCUCAAAUAUCCUCGCGUAUGGUCUGAUGCAGAUGGAAGGCGUGGGCGGUCUGAGAGGGUGGCAAUGGAUCUUUAUCAUUGAAGGCCUGAUAACAACGGUCAUUGCCGCCAUUGCAUGGUUCAUUAUAGUUGACUUCCCGGACAAAGCUAAGAAAAAGGGUCUUUUAACACCUGAGCAAGCCUCAUUCAUCGUCCGACGGAUCGAGAAUGAUCGGAGAGAUGCUAUCCCCGACCGUCUCACAUGGGCAAAGUUCUGCCAACAUCUCCAAGACUGGAAACUCUGGGUCUUUGCGACAAUGUUCAUGUCCACGACGAUGCCAGCUUAUGCAUUUGCAUACUUCACACCAGUCAUCGUUCAGGGUAUGGGAUACAGUGCCGGAGUUGCCAAUUUGUUAUCGGCGCCUCCCGUCGGCGCUGCAGUGAUCAUGGCCCUGGCAUUCGCAUGGGUCGGGGAUAAAUACCGCAUGCGCGCCCCUGUGAUUGUGACUCAAGCAAUCAUCGUCAUUACGGGGCUCAUGAUCACCGCCUACCACAGCUCUGACGGAGUCAGAUAUUUCGGAAUCUUCCUUGGUGUUGCGGGAUGCCAGGGAAAUAUCCCAGCCAUUCUUGCCUAUCAAUCCAACAACAUUCGAAUGCAGUCCAAGCGGAGUGUAGGCAGCGCACUCCAGAUCGGGUUCGGAGCUAUUGGCGGCAUCAUCGCUUCGACGGCCUUCUCCCAGAAGGAAGCUCCGACCUAUAGAAGUGGGCUGUGGACUACUGCAGCGCUGCAGUUCUGGAUCCUCGGCUCUGUCUGCUGCACCUCAGUUUAUUUCUGGAAGAAGAAUGGCCAGGUCGACGCUGGCACUCUGGAGAAGCCAAUCGAGGGACAGGAGGGAUUCAAGUACACGCUCUAA